AUGAAACAUAUUUCAUAAAAUUCAUAGAAUUAGUAACUAGUCACAAAGACCUACAAUGACAUCCCAUUCACCAUUUACAACCGCUAUUAAGGAAUUAAAUUAUUGGGAGCUGGAUCAUAUGGAACAGUGUUGUUAGCUUUGGAUACCCAGACCAACACCAAAGUUGCAAUUAAAAAAUUAAAUCCAUUAGAGGAUAUCAUAGAUGCCAGAAGAAUGUUGAGAGAAAUAAGAAUAUUGAGAGCUAUGACUCAUCCCAAUAUAGUUGCAAUCAAAGCAGCCAUCUAUGAUAACGUAUCAUAAGAAAGCGAUUAUUUUGGCACUGUCUAUUUAGUGCAAGAAUAUUUUUAGGCUGAUCUUCACAGAGUUCUUAAAAAUCCAAAAGACCUCACUGAUGAUCAUGUACAAUUCAUCAUGUAUCAAUUAACCAAGGCAGUGGCCUAUUUGCAUUCAGCAUCCAUCCUACAUAGAGACAUUAAACCAUCCAAUAUCUUAGCCAAAGAUGAUUGCUCUAUAAGUUUAUGUGAUUUCGGUCUCUCCAGAUAAAUCGAAGAAUACGAAGAAGAAGAUAAUAAAAAAUCAUAAAAUUUCACAGAAUAUGUUGUCACAAGAUACUACAGAGCACCAGAAAUUAUGGUUUCUUCUCAAUAAUACUCAUUUCCUAUUGACAUAUGGUCAUUGGGCUGCACUUUCGCUGAAAUAUUAAAUGAAGGAAAAGUCCUCUUCAAAGGCAAAACUUAUGUUUAAAUGGUUAAGAUGAUCUUUGAAACACUCGGUAAGCCUGUCUAGGAAGACCUGGAUUAAUUCAUUAAAAACAAAAACGCUAUGGAAUUUGUUCAAUCUCUGCCAAGUGUUCCACCAUAAUCAAUCAAAAAGAUAAUUGAUUAUCCCAAUCCCCUAGCUAUAGAUUUAUUGGAUAAGAUGCUUGUAAUCAACCCUCACAAAAGAAUCACAGCUCAUGAAGCUUUAAACCAUCCUUAUUUUAAGGAGAUAAGAGAAAAGACUGAAGAAGCGCCUUAUAAAGGGUAGACUGACUUUACAUUUGAAAAUGAUGACACAAUUAGUUUUGAACAGAUGAGAAUUAUGAUCCUCGAAGAAUUGAAUAAAUUAAGUGAAAAGAUAGAUAUUCAUGAUGAAAUGGAAAGAUUAAAACAACUUAAAGAAAAAAGGAGAGCCUAAAAGCAUAAAAAGUGA